UACCAACUAAAACACAUUGGUUAUCAUCGUAGUUAUCUCGAAGUGGAUAUACGUUUAAUUCUACACAUAUCUAUUAAACAAUACUUUUGUUAUUUGCGAGAGUGCUUGUAGAGAUAAAUAAAAUUGUCUGCUGAUAAUUUCCGUGAUAUUGCUCUCAACUUAAUUGGUCGAAUGUUUCGCGGCAUAUAUGUAGAUAGAAGCCAUUAAACAAAGGGUAAAUAAGUAUCCGAGUAUUGCUACGAGUAAAACGUAAGAGAGAAGAAAGAUUUUAGAAUGAAACAAGACAUUCUGUGUUUUAAUACGCUUUGAGAAAAUCCACGUACACUAUGUAUUAAUAUCAAAAGAGAUCGCGAAAAAAAAAGAGGAACAAAAAGUAUCAUUCGAGUUUUCAAGGUGUUACUUUUCCUUUCGUCUGGGCAUCACUGCCGAAGGCAUUGGACUCAACGUCGUGGCAUGUUCGAACGACGCAUCACGGAUCCAAAGACAAUUUUGGAUUAAUCAGUAUUCAAAAUAUCUGCAAGACAAUGAAUUCGGGUUAUUUCAAUUUACCUCUUAAUAUGGACAGAGUAUGUAGAAUCUGUCUAACAGAAAGUAGCAAUUUAUCACCUAUUUUCUGUACCGAUCAAGAGGUAGAUGAUUUCUCAGAUCUUCCACAAAAAAUACAAGUAUGUGGUUCAAUUGAUAUUCACGAGCAAGAUGGAUUGCCAUCUUUAAUCUGCGAUGUUUGUGUUUAUAAAGCAAGUGUUGCUCAUGAGUUUAGACAACAAUGCCAACAUUCCAAUGCUAGACUGAGAAUGUAUUAUAAUAAACCUGAAAAAUGCAAUGUCAUGGAUUCGUGUACGCAAACAGAUUUUUCUCCAUGCAUUGAUCUACCAAAAAAGACAACAAAUGUGCAAGACAAUUCUUUUAUAAAAGAAGAAAUGCAAAUAGUAUCAAAUUCUCAAGACUUCAAUAAUACUAACAAUACUUAUACUUCAAAUACACCUAGUCUAACUACUACCGAAAUCGACAUACAAGAUGAAAAAAUCUUUAUGUGUUCUAUCGGAUUUGAAGGUCCCAAAGAGAUUGGUAAAGAACAAUGUUCUACUACAGAAAGCAAUAUUAAUCAAAAUUCAUCCAUUGAAUCUGCUUCCCAAGUAGAUACAUGCGAUAUUUAUGAAACAAUGGAUGUAGAUAAUAAGCCUCAAGAGGAGCAUAGUAUUACUAAAGAAUCGGAAAAAAAUUCUAAACAACAACAAGAAGAAGAACAGUUUUCAAAUGAACGCGUGUCCGAUGAUACAGGGAUUGAAAAGGAGACACUUCCACAGAAACGUACGUCAACAAGGAAAACGAAAUCAAUGCCUAACAAAUCUUACAGCGAAGAUGAAGGAGAUGAUAAUUAUUAUGAUCCAAGUAGCGACAGUCAAGAUUCAGAAGAAUUGAAAUUCAAGUGCAAAAUUUGUUUAAAGCGUUACGCAACACAGAAAGGCUUAAAAAAACAUUCUCUUGUCCAUGAAAAGAAGCACAAAUGUAAUAUUUGUUUAAAACUGUUUUAUAAACAAGAAAAUAUGGAAAAACAUAAAAAGAUACAUGCAUCUAAACCUCAUGCUUGCCAAUUAUGUCAUGCCUGUUUUUCUAAGUCUCAGAGUCUUGUACGCCAUCUGAAGUCUCAUACAGAGAAAGUAAAUGAUAUGAUUAAACAAAUAAAUACCGAUGAGCGAAAAGACGACGGUGAUUCAAAAAAAGAACCAAAGUGUGAAGAUGACACUGAAGAUGAAAGUGGUACAGUAAAUGAACCAGAUGAAUUUGAGAAUGCUCCUGAAUUAUAUAAAUGUGAAAUCUGUAAUCAGUAUUGUUCUUCCUUAAAAAAUUUAAAAAGACAUGCUCUUGUACAUGGGGAUAAAAAAUAUUCUUGCACAGUAUGUAAAAAGUGGUUUUUCAGGCCAGACACAUUAAAAAAACAUGCUGAAAAACAUGGGCAUGGAUUGUUAGAUAAUUUAGUAGAUGAUAACAAACUAUUUGAUUCAGAUGAUGAUGCUUUUCCAAAUGAUACAACAAAUACUUUACCAGAAAAUGAAACUGUUAAGAAAGAAGAUAGUGAAGAAGAUGGAUCUGGUGAAUACAAGUGCCAACAUUGCGAUAAAAUUAUGGCUACUAAGAAAGGCCUUAGGCGUCAUGUGUCCAUGCAUAAGCCUAAAGCUGAACCAGUAACUUGUGAAAUAUGUAGAAAAGUUUGUGCUAGUCAAGCUCGUCUUGUUCUUCAUCAAAGGACACAUAAACCCAAGGAAAAAGUGCCACGAGAAUACCUAUGUCAUAUUUGUAGCAAAGUAUAUCCAAGUAAUUCAUCGCUUACGUAUCAUAUGAGAACUCAUACAGGAGUGAAACCACAUGUAUGCAAAACAUGUAAUAGUGGAUUUACAACAACUACUAGUUUGGCAAAUCAUAUUCGUAUUCAUACAGGGGACAAACCUUUUGUAUGUCAUGUUUGUAGUGCAGCAUUUGCUGUGAGUUCAGCAUUUAGGAGACAUUUAACACGGCAUACAGGUGAAGCAAAUUAUCUCUGCAAAACGUGUGGCAAAGCUUUCAAGCGACUUAGUACUCUGAAAGAACAUACUUAUACUCAUUCUGGUGAAAAACCUUAUGUUUGUAAAACCUGUGGCGCUGCAUAUAGUCAUAGUGGCAGUUUAUUUGCACAUCAGAAACGUUGUCGUGUCCAGUAUGGUGAAAUGGUCGUAGAUGAACAUCAUCAUGCUGUUGCACAUCAUAUUCAUGUAAAUAAUGUGCAAUCUGCAGUGAGAUCACUUACUGUGAUAGGGCAGAUGUUCUAAAGAGUAAAAUCGGUGAUAUGAAAUACACUUAUUUUACUUAAAUAUUUAUGUGAGAAUAAAUUCAUGACUCCAUAAGUGUUCCCAUGAUGGGAAUAACACUAAUAUUAUCCUUUUCAUGAAAAAAUAAUGUAUUAUCGAGAAUACUCUUUACUGUAAAUAUUUAGGCAGCUCUUUUUUAUAAUAAAAACAUUUGUUUAAAUAUUUGCAUCAUGUAUUAAAGAUGCUGGAACUAGUGCUUCGUUAUAGAAAGUACAUAAUCUAAUAUGUUUGAUCAAUAACAAUAUUAUACAAAUUUAUUUCUGUAUAUUUGUAUAAUAUAAAUUAUACAUAUAUUCCUAAAAAAUUGUCCAUAUAAACUUGACAAUUCACAAAGCACUAAUUUGAUCUAU